AUGGCCUGGGAUCACCUUUCCAUCACCAAGCCGCACUUGGUGUACAUCAUCCUCGGCGGCUUCACCACCCUUUUCAUGCUUUGCUCCACCAUUAUCAAGGAGCGCAUGUACAUCGGCGAGGCCACAGUCGCGACCAUCUGUGGUAUCAUCUUCGGUCCUCACGCAGCGAACCUGAUCGACCCAAAAAGCUGGGGCAAUGUCGACCUCGUCACCAUCGAAUUCUCCCGCAUCGUCCUCGUCGUUCAAUGUUUCGCCGUUGGCGUCGAAUUGCCCAAGUUUUACAUGGAGAAGCACUGGAGGUCCGUCACUCUGCUGCUGAUCCCCGUCAUGACCUUCGGCUGGCUCAUUGUGAGCUUGUUCAUCUGGUGGAUGAUCGAACCUCUGAACUGGCUCGAGAGUCUGGUCGUCGCGGCUUGCGUCACUGCCACUGACCCUGUUUUGGCUUCCUCCGUUGUCGGCAAGGGCAAGUUUGCCAAGCGCGUCCCCAAGCACUUGCGAGACGUCCUUUCUGCCGAGUCGGGGUGCAACGACGGCAUGGCCUUCCCUUUCGUCUAUCUCGGGAUCUACCUCAUCCAGGAGCACAUGGAUGCCAAGAAGACCGUUUACCACUGGGUCGUCUACACCAUUCUCUACGAAUGCAUUUUCGGCGCAAUCUUCGGUUUCCUCGUCGGCUACAUCGCGCGCCACGGCAUCAAGUAUGCCGAAAAACAUGACCUCAUCGACCGUGAGAGCUUUCUCGUCUUCUACUUCGUCCUUGCACUCUUUUGUGCUGGCGCCGGCAGCCUGCUCGGGCUGGACGAUUUGCUGGUCGGUUUCGCAGCCGGUGUCGGCUUCUCAAAUGACGGUUGGUUCUCCAACAAAACGGAAGAAUCCCACGUUUCCAACGUCAUCGACUUGCUUAUCAACCUGGCCUAUUUUGUCUUCCUCGGGACUAUUAUCCCCUGGGAGCAGUACAACAACGUCGCCGAGGGUCUCACUCCCUGGCGCUUGGUUGUGAUUGCCAUUUUUGUCAUCCUGUUCCGCCGCAUUCCCGCCAUGCUGAUGUUGAAGCCAUUCAUACCGGACAUCAAGACAUGGCGCGAGGCCGUCUUCGCCGGUCACUUCGGUCCCAUCGGUGUAGGCGCCAUCUUCGUUGCGAUUCUCGCCCGCGCCGAGCUGCAGUGGGAAACGGUGGUGCCGCUCUCAGAUACACCGCCGGAUGAGAUUGAGCAUCGAACCCUUGUCGCAGUCAUCUGGCCAAUUGUGACCUUCCUGGUCAUCUCGUCCAUCAUUGUCCACGGUUCUUCAGUCGCCGUUUUUACCCUCGGAAAGCGCAUCAACACCUUGACAAUCACCAUGUCCUACACCACCGCACCCGAAGAUGGACCUACCUGGAUGAACCGCCUGCCAAGAAUCUCAUCGCAGUCCCGAUCGCAAGCCCGCACCAUGUCUGACACUGACGGAGAAGAUCUAAAGAUGCCCGACUUCCCUCCUGGCACUUUGCCUCCCGUGGGCUUUCCCGGCGCAUUUUUGCGUCGUCAGAAAGACGAGGAAGGAUCGAAGCACAGGGGACGAUCGACGUCUCGGAGCCGCCGCAAGAGCAGAAAGUGGGAAGAUGGCCUUGGGCCUGGCGGACCUGUUUCUCAGUCUGCUAUUUUCCCUGCCAGGCGCGAACCACUGCUCAACGAGAAGGACCCCUCGUCACCCGAAAACGAGAAUGCCCCGACGCCCCACAGACGUGACUCCGAGAGAGGCCGCGAAAGAGAUCCCGAGAAAGACGACGAGAUCACUCCAUCUCCCGAGGAUAGCUCCAGCAGGACCCAGACGCCGCCCAAGAUCCAGAUUUAUGAGGAGGGAGACAAUCUGGUUGUUGAGAAUGAGGAUGGUGAUGUCUUGACAGUAGAGCGAUCUGAAGACAGGCCAUCAGGCAAUGAUGGCAAGCCGGUUCAAACGGACCUGGCCGCUGUGGCCGCCAAGGCAAGCCAGGGCGAAAAGUUCAACUGGACCCUGGAUUCGUUCAAGCGCAAGGUGGAGGACGUCUACACUCAAGAGGUGGAAAAGCGCAAGGAGAAGAGCAAAUCUGAACGAAGACACGAGCCCGCCCGCGCAUUCCAGUUUGGUAACACUGUCAUUGUUGAAGAUGAAGACGGCGAAGUUAUCAAGACAUACGAAUUGCCGUCUACCAAGACCGGGAAAGAGAUUGGAGGUAUAACACAGCAAAGUCUCAAGUAUCUUGGCAUGGGCGGUUUAUUGAAGGCCUCCGAAAAGGCAGCCGCCGAGGCUGCUACUCAAGGCGAGUCGAGUACGGCCGCUGCCGCCAAGCCGUCCGCGAAGUCUGGAUGGCAAGGCAUCUUCAGAGGUGGCGACAGCGAGAAGCCGAAGAAGAAAGUGGUAGAGGAGCAGAAGGAGGACGACAGACACAUCAGAUUCACAAUUGGCGGUGUGGGCCAACGCAUGACGAAGGAGGACUUUAUCCGAGAAGUGCAGAAGCUCGAUGCCAAGACCCGCCGCGAGGUUGUGGAUCAGUCGUCUGCAUCUCAGCGCGUGAAGUCGAUUGCGAAGGGCGACGUGCCGUCGCCGGCGGACAUCCCAACCAUCAAGAUCGGCAGCGCCUCAUUAGAGAAACAGUCCCGGUCGCCAAAGCGCGGGGACACCGGUCCAGCUCAGGCGCCAGUACGCGGAUCACAAGACGUCGAUGAGGAAGAGACGGCCGUCGAGAGACAGCGUAGGUUAGCUGUCCUGGCGGAUCAGGAAGACGAAGACACGGGCGAGACGCCCGCCGAGCGCCGUCGUAGAGAGGCCGCGCUAGGCUCGGGUGGGGGAGACGACUCCGACGACGAAGGCGGAGAGAGAGUUCCUCCCGCGAAGAGAGGAAUCCGGUUCGCGGACAACGCGGUAGAGCGAGGAAGGAAGUGA